UGUCGUCUGCUAAUCGCAUAUUACCGCUGUACACUGUAGAACUAGAUAGAUAAGGAUUAGGAUUAAAAUUUCCAGCUCGGUUAUGUUCCUUCAUUAACAAACAUUCUUUAAGCUUAAGAGAUAAUGAUAUAUAAAUUUUUAAUUAAUAUAUUGUUUGUUGAAUUAAAAUAUUCGCCAUAUGCAAGCGAUCAGUUUAGUGCCUUUCACGAGAUGCAUCUGCCCGGGGUAGUAAUACCCGAUCCCAACUGUUUACCUGGUUUUGUCCCACGCUUUAUAAGCAUGUGAUUAUCGCAGUUCUCACCUGGGGUUUGGAGAGAUCAACACCCCGUUUUCUGUGUCCAAGAACGAGGGUUGAGGCUCGGUUAUGACCGCAUUAGCACAUUGGGUGCUGCAAUGGUGACACCAGACGUCAGGUCGAUCCACUGACUUUCUGUUAAAAAAUAAUAGUUCACAACGUCUUUUUGUUACAAACUAAUGAGACCUGAAUUUAAGUUCUACCAGAACUAAAUUAUUUCAUUUUUGACCUGACAGCCUGUGAAAGUCAUUCCCCCUGUCCACCUACCCACCCACCCCAUAUGUACUUGGUAUAUAAGAUAAAUUACGUUUUGUACAGUUUAAAGGUUAAUUGCAAGCACAGAUGUUUCUUGAGUUAAAAAUAAGACUGUCGGAGAAAAGGUGAUGUUUUCUUGUUUAACGUCCGUGCCGCCAGGUGUGCAUCAGGAUGCGUCACCAGCGAAGCAUCUACCCGUUUCGUCGCUGAGAAAACAUAUCAGAUGUUUGAAGAUCUUAGCAGGUUUGUGAAAACCAUCCCUGCCUUCCUUCUGGAUUAACAUCUGCGCGCAACCCAUCGCAAGAGCAAUGUCGCGAUGUGCCGACCAUCAGAGGGUUUAACCGCGACACUUGUACUGAUCAUUUAUUUAUUCCCCCCUCUCUCUCUCUCUUUCUAAAGGUCGCAUAAAUGUUGCUGGGGAUGUAUCACUUGUUCUCGAAUUUUCUUACAAUGUUUUCAAAUUUUAUGGCAGCUUUGCGGAUUUUCGGUGGAAAUAAAAUCUCAUUUGAAGGGUACUGUUAGAAUUUAGGACGGAAAGCGGAAAGGACGUAUGGUUCUUGGUCAUUGAAGGGAAAAAAGGAGGAAGGAUGCGGGUGUGCUCUGCGACGAGGGAGUCACGUGGUUUUAGUAUACGACAAUUGGUUUGAGUUUGGUAAAGCAUUUUAGGGUAGCUAGUCGCAGAAAUUGCAAGCUAUUUUUUUAAAUGCCUUGUCAACGAGAAUGUGCGGAUGAUAGAUUGUACAGAGUCUGCAUUCGAAGCAGGGUGGAGCAUGUGAAGAUUUUGCUGAAUGCACAGAAGCUGUUGAGUUUUAAGCCGAUUCGGAGGAGUAGAAACUUAUCUAGAACGAUGUCAAGCGGCAAAUAUUAUUAUUCGGGCAGGCGCAAUAAUCUUUCCGACUAUCAUGCAGUUGUCUUGCUUGUUCCUUUGGACAAACUUCCGCAUUGUCUAGGCUUGGAGCAAGGUGUCAGUCGAAGACCCUGGAUCGUGGGCACUUCACGGCAUGCCCUGCCGUCAUCAGGUGCCCACAUAUCGCCCGUGUCUCGAGCCAGCCCCGCUCCAAGCUUGACCUCCCGGGCCACGAGCCCUGCCCCCAGCUUGACCAACAUCACGGGCCGCUCCCUCAACGACACAUCUGUCUGGACGGCCAGGGCCUCGCCCAACGCGUCCUUCGACAUGACCCAUGGCUCGGCCCUGGCGGCCAGCUAUGCCAACAGCAUGAAGAACUUUUCGCAUCCGCAGCCCACUCUUAAGAGUUACGAGGAUUUUGAGAACAGCGGCAUCUUUGAGGUCCAGCCCUUGCUGGAGCAGAGACACAAAGAAGAAGAGGAGAGGCUGCAACGGUUUUUGGCGGAGGAAAGGGAGAAGGAAUUCAAAAGGCUGAACGACACCAUCGCCUCCGAGAAAGAGAAGGCUGCGGAAGACCUCCUGAGCAGCCUGGACCAGAUGUCGCUGCAGAACACGGUGCCCAGUCUUGUGGAAGAGCGUGAGCGCAUCGAGGAGCAUUUCCAGCGCGUGCAGGAGGACCGCCUGAAGCUGGUCCGCGAGAAGAUUUCUACGGAGGAGAAGACCCGCAGCGGCAAGAUGUUGGACCGCCACUGCCAGGAGAUGCUUAUGCUCAUCGGCGAGAAGGACCGCGAGAUGGACCGCACUAACCUGUUUGACCACAGCAUGCGCCCUCCCAUCGAAACCCCGGAGAGUAAGAAGGUGCACCUGUACAAGACACCCGCGGUCUUCGAGAACAUCGACCUGAGAGCGAUCGCGCUGGUGAACAAAGAUUACGAAAACUACACCGACCUGGUGAAGGAUUUAACACGAGACUGUCACAGCGAACUUGAGAAAGUCAGGGCCAUAUUCCGAUGGGUGAUUGCCAAGGACCUGAGCAAGAACCAAGUGAGUGAGAUCGUGAGGCCUCAGCAGACCAACGCCCUGCUGAAAGGUGUCAAGAGCGGCAAGGAGACUUACCACCAGCUCUUCAAGAAACUCUGCAGCUACGCGGGGAUCCACUGCGAGAUCAUCUUGGGAUACUCCAAGGGUGCCGGCUACAAGCCGGGGAUGCGGAUGGAUGGCAACGCCUUCCGCAACUCGUGGACGGCCGUGCACGUGGAGGGCUCGUGGCGGCUGAUCAACUGCACGUGGGCAGCACGUCACGUCACCGGCCACCGGGACAACCUUCCGCAGCUCUUCCACAAGUACGAUGAAUUCUACUUCCUGACAGACCCGGAGGACUACGUGUAUCAACAUUACCCGGACGAACCCUCCUGGCAGCUACUGGAGAUACCUCUGCCCUUCUCGGAAUUCCUGAACCUCCCCGUAGUCAAGUCACCCUUCUUUAACUACGGGCUUCGCUUCUACUCCAACUACGGCGCCACCCUAACCACGGAGACCGGCAUGGUGGAGAUCCGUCUGGUGACGCCCAAGAUCCUGGGGUUCGGAUCCUUGCUUGAGCCCGUGAACAAAUCGGCGUCGGAUCCCCGCCAGUACGACGGGCGGGUGCUGCUGCGCUACGUGAAGAACGAGGCCAUCUUCACUGUUGCUCUCCCCAACCCUGGUCUCUUCUACUUCACCGUCUACGUGGGCGACUACUGGAACUCCGAGUGCUUGGAGAGCGCGUGCACCUUUCUCAUCAACUGCCCGGCCAUGUCCGGACGCCCUUCGCCUCCUUACCCACCAGUCCCGUUCUUCGGCCCCACCCCCGUGAUGGACAUGGGUAUCUCCGCCGACACCAACGUCGAUCCACUGAUCGUCUGCAACUCAGACUACCUGGAGAUCAACUUCCAGCUACUGAAGGACCUCAAGAUCAGCCAUACCUUUCAGUACUUUGACGUCCACGACGGUUCCAUCUCGGACAUCGAUCGCUUCGUCUUUCUGCGCUCGCGGAAUGAGAAGGGUGCCAACUACCUGGUACGCUGCCCCAAGGAGGGCUUCUACAUCUUCUCUCUGUUCGCGGCAGACACUACAUCCGCGGGGGAGGCUGCCAACAACCUGGACUGUGCUAUGCGCUACCUGAUCAUCUGUCAGGAGCCCAGCCCCUCUGUGGGAGUUCCCAAGACGUGCGCCCGCUGGCAGCGCUGCACCCUGCACGAGCCCCUAGCCGGCGACCUGCUGACCGACAAACGCUACAUCUUCAAGAUGGACAUCCCGCAGGCCGUAGAGGUCUUCGUUGUCAUCGGAGACAUCUACCACCACCUCAAGCGCAAGAUCGGCUUCACGUGGGAGGGUCAGAUCCUGACCUCAUCGCAUUCCGGCAUGGCUAAGGUCAUCGCGAGGUUUCAGGCCGGCAAAGACCAGUCUGUGUUUUCGCCUAUGUUAGAGUACAAAAUCUUGGAAGACACAGAAACAGAAAUCUGAGACAAGACUUGUCUUUUUUCUCUCACGGAUGGAAACGUUUUCUAACUGUAAUCUCGUUAGAAUUCCUCUUCAAGAAAUUUAGUCCGCAAAUGCAUUUCCGUUAUGUACAUUAUAAAAAUUCUUGGAGAAAAAAAAAAUUAAAAAAACGAAGGUCAUGCAGCACCAGUCAAUCAAAGUGACCAAAAUGAAUUAUAUUUCAAACACUGGCAUGUUCGCGGUGCUAGUUAGAAUGGCAUAAUGAAAUCGGACUUCAAAUGAUAUCAUUAAAUUGUUUCAUCAGAAAUCAUUUUGCAAGCAGUUGUGAACCGUUGAAUGGGAGUGCUCGCGCUGAGACUAGCCUCGUAUGAAUACUGACAUUAUGUAUGAGUCCACGUGAGCAGGUGCCUUCUGAUAUUGAUAUUCUCACAUAUCAUUUUCGACAUUGUUUACACCAUGUCAUUUUUUUGUUUUUGUUUUUCCUCUGUUCAUUUUUGCAGCACAUGUCAUGACACAUUUCAUUAUAGACUGAUAAUAUUGAGUAAGUAGAAAUCCUGUUUUCAUACUCUUUUUAGUGUCUUUCUGUACAGUUGUGACAGUUUCAUAUGCUCUAAAAAUACAGUUGCAGCAUUUCGAAUGUUUAAUAAUGCUUUUGGUGGUUGUGCUGUGUCCUGCUGUGUCAGGAAAAGUGAAAGUGAACAUUUUUUUAUGAAAUGAAAUAUUUUUAUUAUUUGUUUGGUCCUACAAAACUUUUUUUUCAACUGUCCUCCAUUUUUUUAAAGCAAUGUCUUCACCAGAGUCGAGGCUCAGACAUAAAUUGAUUCAUUAAAGGAAAGGACACGUACUUGAGUGAAAGUAUUAAUUCAAGUAUGAUGAUGACAAUUAAAAUAAAAAUGAGUAAAGACCGAGAUAGACCCUAGCCACUCUGCAACUAAGGGAGAAAAUUAUUAACAUUGUAGUUACCACAAUGAUCAUCCUCCUCGUCGUCGUCGUCGUUGUCGUCACUAGCACCCCACCCCGUACCCACAAAAGCCACCACAUCCAUGUCGAACGGUUUCCUUGAAGGGAAAAAGACAUGGCUUCAUGACAAAACCGUUAACGCUUUUACAUCAACUGCCAUUUCAACUGCGUGUAUAUUAUUUCCUAUACUGUAUUUUACAUUCAUGAAUUUUUUUGUUGACCUUUUGCCUUUCAUUGUGAUCUCUGUACUUAUCCGUUUGAAAGCCGAACAUUCACAUUAUUUUCUUCAUAGUUUAUGUUAACCUGUUAAUCAGUGAGUUAUAGCCCUUGCUAAUGUGACAUUUCGAAUCGUCAAUGUGACAGUUAUACAUCGAAAGUGAAAGUUUUACCCAUUGUAUGUAUAUAUGUAGGAUUCCUGUACAGACAUGUUUUCUUCACACUCGAUAUUCUUAUGUAUAGCUUUAUUUUUCUUAAGAUAUAUUUAAUCUGUCUGUUUUCUGUUUAAGGGCAGCACUAGGCGUAGCUGUGUUUAUAAUUUCUUUUAACCCCUAGUUUAGAUUUUGCACAUAGUUGUUGACAUUAGUAACCCUAAGUUGCACAUGAUAAAAUGCUUUCUGAAAAAAUUAUAUAUUCGCGCUUUUAGGAGUUUGAAUAAGCAGAAUAAUCGCCCUAGAUAAACUUCUAGCUAGAGCACAUUAGAAGUUUAGAAGCUUCGGGUUGUCUUAUUCUGAACCUUGUUAGCUGAAGUAAAAGAAGUAGAAAAAGCAUCACACCUUCAGAACUCAUAGAAUAAAUUUGUUUCUUAGAUAUUGGUACUUAUUAUAUUCCUUAAAUUCUGCAUAAUAUUGCUGUUUCUGGCUUCUGUAUAACGCUUGAGGAGGAUAUUAUUUUUAAAACUUAAUCGAAAUUCUUUGCAAACUUCAACACAUAAAUGGGUUUUGUGUUUUAAAAAUCUUCCAUCUAAGUCAGGGGUGGGCAAUUAAUUUUCCCAAGGGGCCGCAUGAGAAAUUCGGAUGGUUUUAGAGGGCCGGACUAAUAUAGUUAACUCAGUUUUACCCAAUACUGUAUGUAUGGUAUGCAUACUGACGGGCGGCCUGUCAGAGACAGGAGGCGGGCCGGAUCCGGCCCGCGGGCCGCCCCUUGCCCAGGUCUGAUCUAAGUGUAUUAAUUUUAAUAUGGACCAUUAGAACGAGCUUUCUUGAAACGUAUAUUUUUUUACAGUAUGAUUCAACGACUCAUAUCAUGAAGUGAUAUAUUUUUCUUAUAACUUAACAUAUGAGCGACAGAACUAAUCUACCCACAAAAAUUAUGUAGGAACCUUGCUGACCAACAGCGAAAAAAAGGGAUAAUGCCAUGCUUUGUUGAUGUUAUUUAUAGUACUUGGGUGGGUAGUGGACCAACCGAAACAUACCACCUAGAAUUACCUGUGUGUAGUAACUGACUUCCAUUGUUAUGGAUAUUAUUUGUCUGGUUUUUUUAACUUUCUGCUUGCUAACAAAAUACCAAGGUGCCGGUAAAAACCCAUUGUCCUAGGGCGAUGCAUUUGUUUGCGUUUGAGUCGGUUUCCGACAAUGAUAGCUCUGUACGGUUGUCGCCGAAAUAAAUGUCAUAUAAAGAAUAUUUUAUUAGUUUA